CCGGAUACACGCGCGGCGCGGCACGUGAAGGUCGUGGCGCGGCGGUGCCGGUAAGAGCGGUACCGGGAUGGACGCGCCGUCCGCCACCGGGCUGGGCGGCGCCGACCCCCAGCUCCAGCGUUUCAUCGAGGUGGAGACGCAGAAGCAGCGGUUCCAGCAACUGGUGCACCAGAUGACUGAGCUCUGCUGGGAGAAGUGCAUGGACAAGCCGGGUCCGAAGCUGGACAGCCGGGCCGAGACGUGCUUCGUGAACUGCGUGGAGCGCUUCAUCGACACCAGCCAGUUCAUCCUGAACCGGCUGGAGCAGACACAGAAGUCCAAGUCAGCCUUCUCAGAGAGCCUGUCCGACUGAGCAGGGCCCGUGCCCCGGGGGGACACCGGACAGCCCCCCCGCAAGGCUGGACCCUCUGCCGUGCUGGCUUCUGGUCACUCUGCUGCCCCAAAUGAGCCAGGAUCAGAUCUGGGAUUUAGAAUUUAAUUAAAUGCCAGUCAUGCCAGUGUUGGGGAAGUUGCAGCCAGAUGAGAGUCCACGACAGAGGCACGGGGUCACUGCUUCUUGGUGUGAUGUGCUGGGACUCCAGGGAUGUUGUUGGUGCUACAUUGAGUGUUUAGAAUAAUGCAUCUGCUCAGCUGAACAGAGGGGUGGUGAUUCUUACAUCAGGGGGUGCUCCAGCUGCUGCUCUGAACCUUGUCUGAGGGUGAGGCCAGCCUGCAACUGCUGCCUUAAGUGGUGCUGCACAAAAUGAACCCUCCUGGAGAGAUGCUCACAAACCCUGCAGGUACCACUGCUGUGCAGUCCAGUCCAGGUGUCAUUCCUAAGAAGAGCACGUUGGGCACAGUGAUCAUACUGGGCAGUGUCACUACUGGGAAAUAUUUUCAGGCUUCCAUAGGUAAAUCAUUUAUGUGGCCAAGUGUCAAAUUUUUAAACUGCAGCACAACUAUGUCAAUACUGACUUGCUCUGUUAACUGUUUUCCCCUGGGCAAUGUAAUAAAUAUUAACUGGGUCAAUUUUUACCAUUAAAUUCUCCUUUGUUCAGGUAGAGGACCACUGAGAAUUGAAAAUCUGGCCUUAUCACUCCCAUUCCUUCCCAAUGAUCAUGUUUAUUGUAAAAUUGGUAUAGAGGGGGGGCAAAAUUGUCUUCUGUCUAUAAGGUCAGCCCUGAAAUCUUAAUAUGUUGUUCAGUUAAUUUGGUCCCAUGAAUCAAACUUGUUUCUGGGAGAGGCUGUGGCCUUUCGUCCUCUUCCCCAGAGGGUUAAUAGCUCCUGCUGACGUGUAAAGGAGUAGUUCAUUUAGUUCAUUUAAAUGCAGGAAAUAAGAAGUUUAUAGCUUCAUUUAAAGGAGGCCUCUGGCUGUCUUCUGGACCUUGGUACUCACGACACAAAGAGGAACAUAAAACAGGAAAAACAUCAAAUUAUUGAUCCUCUAGAGCUGCAGCAUAGCAUUUCAGCAGUGUUUGCAUACAGCAUGGCUCUGGGAAGCCUGGAGAGAGCUGCUGACUAUGGCUUGGAGCUCUAUACAGGAACCUGGUGAAACAGUUCUCCUCACACCCAUUUGCCAUGGUUUACUGGACAGGGGGUGUGAGUGCCUAACACCAGUACCUUGGAGCCAGCAGCCUUCCUAGGAAGAAAUUCAGGAUGUGUUAAACAGAGCUGUGCAGAGACAAACCCAUGUAAGUGAGGACACAGCUGUCUGUUAUCUUUCAGAAACUUGCCUCAAUAGCUAAGGUUUCUUACAUCAUUCCUCUUCCCACAGGGAUUCCCUGUCUUGAGUUUCUCUCAGUUAUCUGCACAGUUCUCCCUGCCCCUUUAUCACUACAAUGUAUUACUAGCUGCUGGGUAACUGAACAAAUCAGUUCAAUUAAAAACACAGUAAGCAGGUCCUUCAGCCUGCACAGCAGAUUGGUGAAGUCAGACCCUUCAUAAAAGCCUCAGCAGCAUAUGGCAGCACCACUGAACUUUUCCAGUUUUGGCUGUAUUCUGUACUUUGAUGUGAACCUGUAAAUAAAGUCUAGCAGAGUGAGAAAAACCAGUA